AUGUUGGCGAGCUCACCGAAGAACGCGCUAUCCUGGUUUAAUCAUGACCGCAGCGAGCCAUUCUGUCUCUUACAGUCUUCCUCCAACACUAGCGUGACGUUGGUCUUCUGUCUCCAACAAUUCGACGAGCGGGCAUUUUGGGUUUUUGUACAGGUUCCGUCGACUUUUGCGAAACGUGAGCCGGAAUUUGUACAUGAUAUCGAAGACAUUCGACCAUCGGAGUUAUUCUGUGACCAACCUGAUAUAAUUUCGCUCAUUGACGAACUACCAAAUCCUUGCCUUGAUGUGGGUUCCUGUGGAAUUCUCCGCAUCUCUGGGUCGUUUUGGGCCAACGAAGUGGCCAAGGACAACAUUUCUUCCGAGCAUCAUCCCGCUGGAAUAUUGAAUAUUGAAGGGCUAGACGAAGCUGCUGAUAAAGUUUCCGUGGAUAUGCUUAUGCGACGUCUUUCCCAAAUAUUUGCUCAGGGCUACAAUUGGGAGCCUAAAGCGCCGUCCCUAACGAUAGCAAUUGCGGACAUCCCAGAAGAAGAUCAGAAGCAUGGCAGAUUCCCGACUAUAGUUGAUGACACCGGCGCUACUUCUAGUGUUGUGGGAGCCCGGAAAUUCCGAAGUCUGAAGUCCAUCAAGGUCAAUACUGCUGGCUCUAAUGCCGCUCGGGUUCGAAGAGCUAAAACCCUCAGGUCUUCCGAUGAUGGUGCACGAGUUUUCGUUAGCAGAACUGGGAAGAACCGCAAUGGACGAGCUCCAGCUAGGAUGGCGCCUGAUCGAGUUAACUCUACUGCUUCAUCGAUGUUGACCUAUUCCUACAAAGAUUGA